AUCAUCUAAAAACUAUUCAUAUACAUUUCUUCUAAGUUAUAAUGUCUAACAAGGAAGAUAUCUGCAAAGGUUACUUUGAGUUAAAACCACAAGAAGCUAGUUACUUUGAUUUUAUUCGUAUUUUAUAUUCUAGUGAAUUAGAUAAAAGAAAUUUCUUUGAUGUAUCGGACGGUGUAGAGAGGAUAAGAGGUUUUCGACGACGAUGGCUUAUAUUUAUCUCUGUGGUUUUGCAGAGAUUCUUGUUUUGGUUUAGGAAACCUAUGGAUAGUUUAGGUUAUAUGGUUGAGAUGUUGCAGAAUUAUCCUUCUUUCAAUGGUGGUUUUCUUCAGCUUUUGUUGAACAUAUUACAAGGAAAAGCAGUGAAGCCAGAAAAGUCAUCGAAAAAAUUUAGGUCGAUGAUCGGAAAUCUUGAUGUGAGAGUGGAAUUAGAUAAGACAAUAAAGAUUGGGGACAGUAGGUAUAGUCCACAUUUAUCAAUUAUGGCUGCUAAAUUAUCUUAUGAAAAUGAAGCCUUCAAUAAGACAGUGAUCGAGCAUAAUUGGCAGAUGCACUCCUUGGGGUUGCACAAUUUCUGGAAUGUUUACGAGGAACAAUACUCGACCCAAGCCACAAUGUUUCAAGACAAAACUGAAGAUCCAAACUUAAUUGUGGUAGCAUUUAGAGGGACAGGCCCAUUUUAUGCAAAUGCAUGGAUUACAGAUAUAGACCUUUCAUGGUAUGAUCUCCAAGGCAUGGGUAAAAUCCAUGCAGGGUUCAUGAAAGCCCUAGGGUUGCAAAAGCCCAUUGGCUGGCCCAAAGAUAUUAUUAAUCAAGAAAACCAAGAACAAAAUAAUAAGUUAUUUGCAUAUUACAAAAUCAGAGAUGAUUUGAAGAAAACAUUGAGCAAAAAUGAGAAAGCAAAGUUCAUAGUGACUGGACAUAGCUUAGGUGGUGCAUUAGCAAUUUUAUUUGCAUCUGUGUUAAUUUUGCAUGAAGAAGAAUGGCUAUUGGAUAAAUUGGAAGGGGUUUAUACAUUUGGACAACCUAGAGUUGGAGAUGAACAAUUUGGGAAUUUCAUGAUGGAGAAAUUGAAGAAGUUUGAUGUGAAGUAUUAUAGGUAUGUUUAUUGCAAUGAUAUGGUUCCAAGAUUGCCCUAUGAUGACAAAACUCUCUUCUUCAAGCACUUUGGAUCAUGUCUAUACUACAAUAGCCUCUACAAUGGCAAGGUUUUGGAGGAAGAACCAAACAAGAAUUACUUCUCACUGCUAUGGGUUUUACCAAAGGUGUUGAAUGCAGCUUUUGAGCUAAUUAGGAGUUUCAUUCUCCCUUGGAUUAAAGGAAGUGAUUACAAACAAAGCUGGUCUGAGAUAAUGUUUAGGAUGGUUGGAUUAGUAAUCCCGGGAUUAUCAGCUCAUGGUCCAGUAGAUUAUGUUAAUCUUACUCGUUUAGGAUCCACCCUUCAUCUUCCUCAAUCACAAGAAGGACUUAAACACGAUUAACUUACAAAUGAAUUUGCUCUAUUUUACUCAGUUAGGGUGAAAAUACCCUCAAGCCAGGUAUAAAGUGUGUUAUUUGGGGUAGCCAUUUAGCUUUACCAAAUUAAUAUUGAUUGUAUUAGCCAAAAAAAAAAAGGAAAAUCAUAUUGAUUAUGACAUGAAUUUAAGUUUAGAAAGAACAUGGUAUUUUUAACAACUCUUUACAGAUUUAUGGACCUUAACAGGAUACAGUUUUAA